AUGGAUCAUUUGGCAAAUGAAGCUGAAAUAGAAGGUUUAAGACCUGGACGCGUUAUAAUACUUCCAUCAAGUUUUCAAGGAAGCCCUAGAGCAAUGCAACAGAAUUAUCAAGAUGCAAUGGCAAUGGGAUAUGAUUGUGCUAAUAUCAAAUUAGAACGACCAGUUCAAGAAGGUGCUACCACUCAAGAAACUUUGGAAUGGGAUGAAAUUAAAGCACAUCUCGAUGCAAGAUAUGUGAGCGCACCUGAAGCUGCAUGGAGACUUUUUGAAUUCCCACUACAUGAUAAGUCUCAUGCUAUUAUCAGAUUAGCCGUUCAUCUUCCAUAUCAGCAGCCAGUUUAUUUUGCUGAAGGAAACGAACGACAAGCAUUGGAAAGAGCUGCCUCAAAAGACACGACCCUUACUGCAUGGUUCCAAUUAAACUCCAAAAAUCCAGAUGCUCGACAAUAUCUCUACCAUGAUAUCCCACAUCACUUUGUUUUUGAACGCAAUGGAACAUGA